GUGCCCAAUCCUGAUGCUGAGGACGUGAACCAAGGUUUACAUACGGUCUACGAUAAAUGGCUGAAGAGCUUCCCUGUUCAGGACAAAUCAAAACCACAUAUUGGGACGCUCGGUGCGGGCAGUGACUAUGCUGGGUUUAUACAGCACGCUGGCAUUCCAUGUGUGGACUUCCAGUACACGUACGACAUGAAUACCUACAAACUGGGGUCCUAUCCUCUGUACCAUACUAUGUACGAGACGUUUUACGCUGUGGACCAGCUCAUAGAUAGGGGAUUCAAGAGUCACCAAGCUGUAGCUCAAACUACGGCCGAACUGGUGAGAAGUCUUGCAGACUCUCUCAUAAUUCCUUUUGAUGUGACAGACUUUGCUAGCAAUCUACAGGCGUUGGUCAACACAUUGGACACAGAGUACGGAAUACUUCUAAGAAGUCAAGGUAUAAACUUUGAUUGGAUAAAGCAGGCAGCAGGCAAUUUUUCUUCUGAAGCAGAGACAUUCAAAACUUUAAUUGACAACGUAAACAAAAAUGACCCGUUCGCCAUUCGCCGUAUUAACGACCAGCUGCUCCUCAUGGAGCGGGCGUUUUUGGAUCCCGCGGGACUACCAGGUCGACCCCAGUCCAGACACAUCCUAUUUGCCGAGAGUAGUGUGGAUUCUUACGCCGGAAGCAGUUUUCCAGGUCUAGUAGACGCUUUAUUCGAGAUCGAGUCUAUUCCGGAAGCCGACACAGAGGCACGAUGGGAGAUUGUAAAGCACCAUUUUUCUGUGGUUGUAUUUACAAUACGCUCGGCGCAGUCAACACUGCGGGAGGUGUCUACGUUUAUGCCGGAGCUCCAUGAUUAACCUUAACAAACUUUUAUUUCAAUGUCACAUGGUCUCAUUGUAAAACAUAUCUCGUAAAGCUUUUUAUGUAAAUAAUAAUCCUUAUCGCAUUGUAAAUAUAUCCCAGAAAGUGUUUAAAUCUUAAUGAUACACAUCAUAUCAGACGUACGACUUGUUCGUAAAAUCUUUUGCCGAAUCUCUGUUUACCCGACUAUGAGCUGUGUCUAAUACACGUAAUCUUAAACACUUAAUUGUAUAUAAAUAGGUAAAUGUUUCAAUAUCAUUGUCGCAUAUUUGAUGUAUACAGGAAGUUCACUUUUAUAUUCAGUGCUACUUGACUACAUACAUGAUUGUUAUUUGAUCAUGAAUGCUUUACCAUAUAUUGUUUUAAAGUAUCAGGAACCUAAACUUGUAUGUAUAAAACACUAUAGGGUUACUUGAACGUGUCACUAUUUCAUGUUUAAUAUGUAUAUACACGAGUAUACUAACCCGAUGUUACACAAUGUGAGAGAAUGUAAGUGUUAUAAUGAAUUAAACAAAGGAUCAA